AAGUGUAUGAGGCAAGAGUCAAGAUGCAGAGCGCUGCCCUCCUCUGGCUGCUGGCUAAACCACAGCCAGGCAGUUGGCCACUUUACCAAAACAACGACGCUUCUUCCUCUUGUCCCACAUCACUCUGUGUCGUUUGGUCUUGUGAGGAGAGUGGAGCUAACGCGUGACGACUCAAGGGCGCUAAACUCUUACACAGCUGGCUGCGGUCUAGUCGACGAGUUUAUUUUUGAGAUAUGAGUCAGCGUAACACAAUAUUCAAGCGUGCCAGCUAGUGGUGUGUGAUCUGGAGGGAGAGCAAAGGACAGCAGGGAAUAUGGAGCUGUCAGAUGGCUUGCUGCUGCAGGUCAACAAUGGAGAGCAGUGGUGUAACCGCUGGAAACAUCCUAAUGAUGACUCGGACCGCAGCACCAGCCCCUCAGUCCUGCGAUGUGUUGCCAGCACAUGGAAGGAGGGCCUGCUGAACAGAAAGAGGCCCUUUGUUGGCCGCUGCUGUCACUCCUGUACACCACAGAGCUGGGAGAAGCUGUUCAACCCCAGUAUUCCAUCUCUGGGAUUGCGCAACGUCAUCUACAUCAAUGAGACUCACACCAGACAGCGGGGCUGGUUGGCGCGCAGGCUGAGCUAUGUGCUGUUUGUGAUGGAGAGAGAUGUCCACAAGGACAUGUUCGCCAGGAACGUGGUGGACAAUGUGCUCAACAACAGCAGAGUGGAGACUGCCAUUGUGAAGGUGGCCACAGAUGUGGAUGCUGCGACCAGCCAGACUGGCCAGGAGCACAAAGCAGUCAGUAAAGUGAAGCAGAAAGCCAGGGCCUUCCUCCAGGAGAUGGUGGCUAACAUUUCACCAGCCUUCAUCAGGCUGACAGGGUGGGUCCUCCUUAGACUCUUUAAUGGUUUCUUCUGGAGCAUCCAGAUCCACAAAGGUCAGCUGGAAAUGGUCAAGAAAGCUGCUACAGAGCAAAAUGUGCCCAUGGUCUUCCUGCCUGUUCAUAAAUCUCACAUUGACUACCUGCUCAUCACCUUGAUCCUGUUCUGUCACAACAUCAAAGCCCCACACAUUGCCGCUGGAAACAACCUAAGCAUCCCUAUCCUCAGCACUCUGAUCCGUAAAUUGGGAGGAUUUUUCAUACGACGGAAAAUGGAGGAGACAGGGGAUGGAAAGAAAGACAUUUUGUACAGAUCACUCCUACAUGCAUACACAGAGGAGUUGUUGCGUCAGCAGCAGUUUUUGGAGGUCUACCUGGAGGGUACACGCUCCCGCAGCGGUAAGCCGUCUCCAGCACGUGCAGGCAUGCUGUCCAUCGUGGUAGACACACUGCACACUGGGUCCAUCCCAGACGUGCUGGUGGUGCCAGUUGGCAUCUCCUAUGACCGCAUCAUUGAGGGCAACUACAAUAGUGAGCAGCUGGGCAAGCCCAAGAAGAAUGAGAGUUUGUGGGGAAUAGCAUGUGGUGUGUUCAGGAUGCUGAGGAAGAACUACGGGUGUGUGCGAGUUGACUUCAACCAGCCCUUCUCCCUGAAGGAGUACCUGAGCACCCAGAGAAGCCGCCAUAUACCCCCACCAGAGUCCCUGGAACACACCUUGAUGCCCACCAUUAUUUCUGCACAGCCUGAUGCUCAGCUGUUUGAGGGGCAGGAGGAGGAGCAGAUGAACAGGGAGCUGCCCGAAGACAUCUUCAGACGACAACUUAUUAACAACCUGGCCAAGCACGUCCUCUUCACGGCUAAUAAGUCCUCAGCGAUCAUGUCUACCCACAUUGUGGCCUGUCUGCUGCUAUACAGACACCGACAGGGGGUGGUGCUAUCAAAGCUGGUUGAAGACUUCUUCAACAUGAAGGAGGAGAUCCUCUCACGGGACUUUGACCUGGGCUUUUCGGGGAACUCAGAGGACGUGGUCAUGCGUGCCCUCCACCUCCUGGGAAACUGCGUCAAUGUGACCAGCAGUGCAAAUCGCAACGGAGAGUUCACUAUUGCACCCAGCCAAACUGUACCGGCGCUGUUUGAGCUCAACUUCUACAGCAAUGGCCUUUUCCACGUUUUCAUUUCUGAUGCAAUCAUUGCCUGCAGCAUCCUGUCACUGCAGCGAGAGCUGCUCGUGGAGUCAGAGUCUGAUCACCAGUCUGGUGGUCCCAAUAGCCUCCCUCUCAGUCAGGAGAGGCUCAUCCGCAAGGCUGCUGGGCUCUCCCACUUCCUUAUCAAUGAGGUGGCAGUGGCACCUCCUUGUCAGACUAUUUACCAGGUUUUCCAUGAUGCAGUGACCCGACUGAUUCAGUAUGGAGUUCUCUAUGUAGCAGAGGAGGACCAGGAGGAACUGAGUCCCAGCCCCACAGACGAACCGUGGCCCAAAAAGUUCCCAGAGCCUCUGUCCUGGAGAAGCGACGAGGAGGAUGAGGACAGUGACUUCGGAGAGGAGCAGAGAGAUCGCUAUCUAAAGGUGAGCGUUGCCGCAGAGCACCAGGAGUUCUUCAUCUUCCUUCAGCGACUGCUCAGCCCCGUGCUGGAGGCCUACAGUGGGGCUGCGAUCUUCGUCCACAGUCUGAGUCAGCCCAUGGCUGAGUCCGACUACACCCAGAGGCUCUUCAGAUACCUGCUCACCCGCACAGAGAGAGGAGUGGCUGCUUACGGUGAAAGUGCAACUCAUUACCUGGUUAAGAACACAGUGAGGACAUUCAAAGAGCUUGGGGUCCUGAAGGAGAGAAGAGAGAACAAGGUGACCACUCUGGAGCUGAGCAGCACCUUUCUACCUCAGGCCAAUCGGAACAAACUCCUGCAGUACAUCUUAGGUUUUACACUGCUGUGACCGAGACAAAUUUCAGCCCAGCUCAGACCCCAGGCUCCUUCCAAUAAAGGGCUUCUACUGGUUACUUCUAAACAAUCCCAGGUGCUACUCUGUGGAAAGCUUUUACCAGGAAGUGCCUUCACGUAAAAGCCGCUAACUGUUAGCUGUUAGCCAGAAGAGACUUGAAGCCAGUCUUCCCUUUUCGUUCCAGUCUAUGACUCCCUGUCUUAGAACUGUGCAGCUGAUAAAACACAUGUAUUGUUACUUUGAAGAGGUACGUCUAGGAAUCACCCUCUCUUUGUGAACUUUGCCAGUGACAUCAAGAAGUUUUAAUACGAUUAAAAUUUUAAACAAGCAGAAAAUGAAACUGAAGCAGGUUAGUAAAUAAGAAUCACUUUUACAGCAGUCUGAACAAAACAAGCUGCGUUUCGUCUAUACAAGUUAACAAGCAAAAUAUGCAUAGAAAAUAAUGUUAAACGUAAUCAACGACAAAGAUAUUUUUAUGUUAAAUCUGCUUGUUUGUAAAACUGCUGUAUUCUCUCCAGUGCACUCGUUAUCAUGCAGUAGAAAACAUGUCAAUAUGUAGUUUAAUGAAACAAAUUCCUGUACAUAGACCACAAGAGCAAUGUCUCUUUUUUUUCAGUGCAUUUACAUACAUGCACUGUGGUGUCAUCAAAUUUCAUAAUGUAUAAACCUUCAAUAGAAAGAUUUGCUGACUGCUGGGAGAUACAUUUCCCCCACUAAAUGCGUACAUAUCCAAAUUUUCAUUUAGAUCCUUUAAAUCCUCCGUUCAAACAGUUAAGGUCGGUUAUUCUGCACAGUCACUGGUUUAGAAUAUCAAAACAAUAAGCACCAAACCAGUUUAACUAUUCAAAAAUAUUUACAUGGCAAACACGAAAUGUACCUGUUCAAAGUCCACCGUAAGUAAAGCCUAAAAUGACAAAUGUCUACAGUUAAGUGCAUUCAAACCACUAAUAUCUAAGUGCAUUCAGUUAAACAUUUCAUCAUGGGUUUUGAUGAAGAGUGACCUUGAUAUUUGUGUUUGUGCAACACUUUUUUUAACCACUUUUCAAUGGAUGUUGAGCACAGCACUUAAAAUACUUAAAACCAACCAUCACAUCCACUUACGUUCAAAUGCAACAAGCUCAGAAACAGGGACAGCAGAGAUUUGGGAUUGCCAUCAGUUUUUCCUGUAUAAUGAAGACACACUGUAUAAAGCUUUCAUAGCACCAGUUUUCUUCUGAUGGUUGCGCAUUUCUAAGAGAGAGGAACUACAUAACUACAUAGUCCACUGUGUAAUCCACUUGAACAAUAGGUCAGGUCUUUGAACGCAAGUGAGAACAAGGUGUUUCUCUUGUAUUGUCAAGAAACUUUUAAAAACGAGGAGGACGUUUUUCUCCUUUGAGUUGUUUACUUUUAAAUACAAAGGUUCAGAAGACAAAUAAUACUGUCAUCUUUAACUGUCAGGUUUGCCCUUGCUAUUUUCCUGUUAUUCACUUCAGUUUUUUUGGACCUUGUCUUACUUUCUCGAAAUCAUAUUCUAAAAAUGUAAUCUAAACUCACUUUAAACUAGCUGUAAGUAGAUCCUGAUAAUUGAAAAUAUUUUGCUCUAAAAUGUAGGUACAAAAGAGUGUCAGGCAGACUGGGAAUCAAAACUGGUAACAGUAUGUUCAUCAUGAAAAUUAAAAA